AUGGGUGUCCCUUUUGAUUAUGCGCCAGACAGGCCUGAACACAUCGAUGCUAUCCUCAACGGACUCGAUCGUUAUAACCCCGAAACAACAAAUAUUUUCCAAGAAUAUGUAACGCUGCAGUGUGAGGAGAAGACCUAUGACUGCUAUGCUAAUUUGGCGCUUCUGAAACUUUACCAAUUCAACCCCCACCUCACCAAAGACGAAACCAUAACCAACAUUCUCGUCAAGUCCCUUACCGUCUUCCCCUCCCCAGACUUCAGCCUCGCUCUCCACCUCCUUCCACCCCACAUCCUUACACCUAUCUCAGCCUCAUCAUCUCUCCCCGCAGCAGGAGACGCUCCUCUUUCCGAAGCCGUACAAAAGCUCGCAGUUCUCAACACCCUCCUCUCCUCCGCAAACUACAGCCAAUUCUGGUCAACCCUUGAUUCCGAUGAUUUAUACGCCGAUCUCAUUGCCGAUGUAAGUGGUUUCGAAGAGCUGGUCCGCAUCCGCAUCGCCUCGACGAUUUCCCAAUCCGUGCGCGAAGUAGCUAGUUCAGAGCUCGAGAACUGGCUCGGAAUGAACGGUGAAGCCUUUGAGAAAUUCAUCAAGGAGGUAUGUGGAUGGACUAUUGAAAAUGGCGCUGUCAUUGUACCAUUAAACAAGGAGAAUGAGGCCAAGGGAACCGUGGUCAGGGAAAAUGUCAAGAUGGAGCAAUUCUCGAGGGUAAUCAAGAGAGCUUAUGAACAACCUGCUUAGGUGUGCAGGGGUUAGUAAUUAUGAGAUAUGCUUGUAUGCAAAGGGAUAAUGGGUUGGAGGUUGGCGUUAUAUCAGGGUGUCCUUGAGGAACGGGAAAAGAUGCCUACUCUCUAUCUGUUUUGCAUCUCCCUCGAUGACGAGGAUCUCGAGAGGAGUGGCUGGCUUCUAGACGUCGCAUAGAUAGUAGCUGCAGCGUGAAAUUUUGCUUCACUGUAAAACGCACGCGAAAUCUGAUGCAAGUAGCCAAAUGAAAUAAAAAAAGUCAAAGCCCCAAA